AUGAAGGGCCGGAGCUGCUGGGAGCCAAGGGCGGUCCGCUCCCUCUGCAACUCGGGCUGUUUGAGUAAACUCAACCAGGAUGACUCUGGUGAUGAGGAGCCCACAUCCCAGACGGACCGGAGUGAGAUUCAAGGCACCCUAAAAAUCCUCGUCAGCAAGCUCGAUGACCUCAGUACAUGUAACGACCUAAUCGCCAAGCAUGGAGCAGCCCUGCAGCGUUCCCUGAGUGAACUUGAAGGCCUGAAAGUCCCCGUGGAGGGUGGUGAAAAGAUCAAAGCAGUGAAUGAGCGAGCCACCCUCUUCCGCAUCACUUCCAAUGCUAUGAUCAAUAAGGUACCAAUGGCUUUACAUUACAUCAGCUGUGGAAGAGAGUUCAGGAAGGCGUGUCGAGACUUCUUGGACCUAGCGGAGACUCACAGCAGACGGUGGCAGCGGGCGCUGCAGUAUGAGCGGGAGCAGCGUACCCACCUAGAGGAGACCAUUGAGCAACUGGCCAAACAGCAUAACAGCCUGGAGCGGGCGUGGAGAGAAGCACCCACGCUUGUUUCCAGCCCACCCAGUGCCCCUACCACCAAUAAGGGGAGUGAGAGGUCGAACAAAGAAGAGGCAAGUGAUGAAGAUGAGGAUACUGAGUACUUUGAUGCCAUGGAGGAUUACCCUGCGUUUAUCACAGUGACUGCCAGUGAGAGCACACAGCACAGGCGAUCUCAUAGUAAUUUAAGUGGAGCGAGUGGAGGCCAGCCCAGUGACUGGAACCAGGACGACCAUAUGUCUCCAAGCUGUAAUGAUGUGUCAGGAAGGGAGCUGCAGCCCCGCAGACAGAGGCGGUCUCAUAUUCCAGACAAGCCUAAUUACUCCCUCAAUUUGUGGAGCAUCAUGAAGAACUGCAUUGGAAAGGAACUCUCUAAAAUCCCCAUGCCUGUAAACUUCAACGAGCCUCUGUCGAUGCUGCAGCGCCUCACAGAGGACCUGGAGUAUCAUGAGCUGCUGGACAAGGCGGCACGCUGCGACUCCUCCAUGGAGCAGAUGUGCCUGGUCGCAGCCUUCUCUGUCUCCUCCUACUCCACCACGGUGCACCGGACAGCCAAACCAUUCAACCCCCUCCUGGGUGAGACCUAUGAGCUGGAUCGCCUGGAGGAAUUUGGCUACCGCUCACUGUGUGAGCAGGUCAGCCAUCAUCCCCCUGCAGCAGCACAUCAUGUGAUUUCCCAAAGAGGCUGGACCUUGUGGCAGGAAAUCACCAUCGCCAGCAAAUUCCGUGGCAAAUACCUCUCCAUUAUGCCUCUGGGUGCCAUCCACCUGCAGUUCCACUCCAGUGGGAACCAUUAUGUGUGGAGAAAGGUCACUUCCACAGUGCACAACAUCAUUGUGGGCAAGCUGUGGAUUGACCAGUCAGGAGACAUUGAGAUUGUGAAUCACAGAACGAAGGAAACCUGCCAGCUCAAGUUCUCUCCUUAUAGUUAUUUCUCAAGGGAUGUUCCACGGAAGGUGACAGGAGUGGUGGCAGACAGUGGAGGCCAGGCUCAUUACAUCCUCUCUGGUACAUGGGAUGACAAAAUGGAAAGCUCCAAGAUCAUUCAGAGCAGUCGAGGGGGCAGCGGAUCAGAGGGCAAGCAGAAAACAGUCUAUCAGACUUUGUCCCCCAAACUGCUGUGGAAGAAGUACCCUGUUCCGGAAAAUGCUGAGAACAUGUACUACUUCUCAGCCUUGGCUCUGACCCUAAAUGAGCCUGAGGAGGGAGUGGGCCGGACUGACAGCCGCCUGAGACCAGACCAGAGGCUGAUGGAGGAAGGUCGAUGGGAUGAGGCAAACGCUGAAAAGCAGAGGCUAGAGGAGAAACAAAGAGCUGUGAGGAGGAGGAGGGAGGCAGACGCCUCAGAAGCAGUCGAUGAAGGUCGAGAAUAUGAAUGCUACCAGCCACUGUGGUUCCACCAGAGGAGGGACUCCAUCACCGGAGAGACAAACUUUGUGUACAAGGGAGGUUACUGGGAGUCAAAGGAGAGACAAGACUGGACCAUGUGUCCUGACAUCUUUUAACCCAGGAACUCUUCUCAAAUCCCACCGAACCUCACAGACGAGGAACGGCUCGGCCUCUGGUCCUCAGGCAGUGGAGCGUAGCUGGCUUCUGAGCACCACAUCGACCUUUUUGAGCAUGGAUGUGUAUGUUUCAUCCACUCUUGAAAUACACUGUACCUCCAAAUGCAAACACUCAUUCUGAUUUUACUUUGAGGAAAGAGGCAGGACACUCCCUGAGCAGUCCUCUUUGAAACUUUACAGAAACAGCAGUGAGAUGAUGGAAAUUUAACACAACAGAAAAAUCUGUAAAUGAAGACCACAAUGCACUUUCCUGAGUUCGCCCUAUUACAGAGUUUUAUCGAGCCCAUAUGUCAUAGCAGCUCUUGAUUAGACUAACACAAUAUUAAAGAGACGCACACCAUCACAGAGAUUUUUAAUAUGCAUGUCAACAAUUCAUUGGCUGCAAGAAAAGCGUCUCUGCCCUCUAUUUUAUUUAACAUAACUGAGAUUUACUCCCCAUUUAUCUUUAAAAAACAAUCUAAGGUUUUGUGGCAUCGAAAUAAGAUUUUGCCUUCAAAACUAUUUGAAUUGGGUAAAACAAUUAUUUUUUAUAAACCUUGUCACAGAGCAAAUAAACAUCACAAAACAUUUAUGAUACCAAUUACCUUAAAUUCUAAAACAGAUUUUAUUCUCUUUUGAGCUCUUUGGAUCAGCAGCUAAUGUUGGAUCAGGGGAAUAGUCUUGAGACUGAAUUAGCUAAACUUAUAAGAUAUGCAACGCGGCAGAAAUGAAUUGUCUUUGGAGGGAAUGUAGGGGCUCCCUUCACCCAUUCUAAACCAAGUCUCUGAUUAAAUUGUAUAACUGCUGGAUAUCUAUAUUUUCAGUGAGUUACCUCGAUGCUUAGUGGAUUUCACUCAUUCAAACAUGCAUGAGAUACUUUCCAUUUGUGAUUCUGAUUAGCAAAACUUGAGUAAUCCCUAAAUUGUAACACAGUGGUGAACUGGCAUUGGUGCAACAUCAAAACUUUCAUAUCACACCAUCAAAAACACGAAAAAGCACUUUUCACUGUGGUUGACUAGAGGUUAGAGCUAAAUCUUUGUGUUGAUGUUGAGAAAUUCUCGUCCUUUAUAUUCUCCUCACCUUGUUCUCUGGUGCUCUCAAAUAGCAACACCCCUCUCUCUCCCUCGGUGACCACUUUGACCAGAAGUGUUCUCAGUUAGACGCAAAUUCUGCACCUGAUCACAGUCUCAUUCACUGAUCCCCCCCCCCCCCGUGAACACCGGGGGCUCUUCGCCCCAGUUCCACAGCCUCCUCAACCACAAGUUUGUAGCUCAGACGUUUCCAGUGGGAUUACGGUGUCUGUGUGAGGAGCCCGUUCUCUGAGGAGCUCCCAGCGGAUUCAGCUGACAGGAGGUCAGAGGUCAUCCGGGCAGACAGGGCUGGUUCCUGUAGCACUCCACUGUGCGGUCAGCUGCAGCCACACAGAACGGCCCCGGCUGCUGCUCCAGGCUCACUGCAACUCAUUUGUGAACACGCUGAUCUGGGAUCAGCUCACAAAGGAAACCCGGAGUCUUUUGCCUUUAACUGACUGAAUAAGGGAACGAGCCCCCUGACCUGUGCACUACAAGUCUACGGAGACAAGAGUUUUAAAAACCAGUUAGUAUUUUUUUGUAAUUAUUGUUAGGAAUGUAGAAUUCAUGGCUAGAGGUAUUGAAUCUACCAUCUAGUCAGUUUGUGUGAAUAUUUUGUGAUAAAACAAUGAUAUUGUAAAAACGAAGAAUAAUUGUACUAAUAUCAGUAUGAAUUUAUCUGUACAGAAAAGACAGAGAUCUUGGAGACUUUGCUGUUUGAAAUUUUAAUCCAGAUUAAUUCUGUAAAGACAGAGGAUAACCCCGAGGUGUACAUGAUUUAGUCAGAUUCUGUCCUUAACUAACCUUAAUUGUCCAUACAUGCAUUUUAAACCAAAAAGAAAAAAAAAAAAAAAAAAAAAAGAAAAAAAUUUGUUUAAAUUGGGGUGAAUCCUUUUUUUUUUUUCAGUAUAUAGCUGAUGGAAAAAAGAUGAGAUCUAUAUAAUAAGAUUAUUUGGUGAUGAUAACAGGUGUUUUUUUCCACAAAAGAUGCUGCUUUUGCUCAUAAUACAUAUUUUCUUUGUAGCUGUCAUACACUCAGUGUGUUUAGUCACUAAAAGUCACUAACCUAAUGAAAAAGGAGUAGUUCAAUGCUUUUUGAAAUUCCAAAAAAGUGUUUAUUCUAUCGAAGCAAAAGGACCCUUAUAAAUAACUUUUUAAUAGACUUACAGCUACUUCUUGUCUGCCAAGAAACACUUUGGCACACAAGUCCAAAUUCAACUACAAUGUGUUGCUUUUGAACUUUGUCCCAUUCUCGGGGAUUUUUAAACUAAAAAUAAAGCAAAUUUUUAACACAGUCUCCCGUUCCACAUGAGAGAAAAUUUUAUUGCAGACAUUUAUUACUUCUCAUCUAUCUCAAGUGUCCUGGGCAAUUGAAUGCGUUUUAGAUUAAGUGCGUGCAAAAUUGAAUUUUGGUACUGAAUAGAUUCAUCUGUCUCACAUACAGGUGCUGAUGUUUUUGUGCAGAUGCUUUCUUGCCAAUUUUUGAGCAAAGCAGCGGCUGAAUUCGCUUAAAGUUGCGCAAUUAUUAUUUUUCUUCUUUAAAAACAAAGGAAAAAAAACUUUAUCUUAAAUCUUGAAUUAUUCCUUGAGUGUUAGUGCCCCCCUAUGGUUUUGUUAUUUUUGUCAGCAUCACUCAGACCCACAGAACUGCAUUAAUGUGCAUAACCCUGAAUAGUAGAGGUUGUGUACGCGUAACUCAUAUCAAGUGUCACACACGAGGACGACGUGUGUCCUUUAUGUGUCUGUACAUUUGCCACGGUCGGGUUUAUUCCUGCAUCACCACGCGCUGUCAUUACUACUGAGAAAACACAGGUCACUACUGAGUUGUGGUGAGCAAAUUGUACAAAUGCAGAUUUAAUCUGGGAUUUCCUUUUGGAGGUUUUCGAGAGACUUGCUUUAAUAUAUUUGCGUUUCAGAUGAUUUUAUAUCGGAAAAUACAUAUUAUAUUUUGAAUGAAAAUGCAAGCUCGUCUGAGAGUGUGUUUUAAAUCAGUUUAUUCCCAAAUGAAGCGACCUCAGUGCGUGGCGGUGACGGGCCUACAGGGAUGCCCCUUUAGGGGGCUGCACAGCUUCAGAUGACAGCUGUGUCCAGUGCUGAGUUGUAAAUUCAUGGCUGUCACACGGAACAAUUUUUCUGUCUAAACACAGAAAAGAGGAGGGGGGGACAACCAAAGUGUGGGAAGAGUGUACUGUAUAAUAAGAACAACCUCUUCCUCAACCACCCUCCCCCCCUCUUACUGUAAAAACCCAUCUCUGAUUUCCUUUCACCCACCUUUAAUUCACACCUGUGUGGCUUUAAGCUUUAUUUUUUCUGUUUUUAUGGUCUGUGCAGAUUCCUUCCCUCUCACGGGUGCCAUUAUUCUCUGCCAUCCGUUUGCGUUAUGAGCUCGGUGUGUGUGCAGGCAGGAUGCACACGUCCUCCUCAUUAGAUGCUGCUCAACUUUGAGGGUUGAAGGAAAUUGAUGAAAAUGUGAUUUUAAUUUUUUUUCUUGCCUUGUCUUAACUGAACCCCGCUCCUCUGUGGACUGGGACUCACAGCUGUGUAGUGAAACGAUGAUCUGUGUGAUGGUGGAAGUCAUGAGACGCAUCACUACAGUGGCCUGGCACGUGCGAGGGGGAGAUCAUUGACCUGCCUUUACUUUUACUAUCCAAAUACACACAGGUGUAUUCAGGUGUAACUACAAAUUCAAAAGAGGUCUUCUUUUUUUCUAAAUGGUGUAUUUUUCCCUCAAUUUAUACUUGUAUAACAUCGUCUUUAAGCAACAACAACAAAGACACAAUGAUGAAAAAAUUAAGAUAAUAAAAUUGUUAUUGUUGACACUGAAUGUGUGUGUUUUAAUGUAUUUCAAGUGAAAUUGGAGGGAUCCUUUAAAAAUGAAAUGUA